AUGCCUCCUAUAUCCUGCCACCAAGCACGAAAGCUCCUGCAAGCGCGUCUCAUCCUUAUACCUCAUGAUGGCCAGGAGCCCACUAUUUGGCUCUUCCUCAUUGUUAUGGGUGGGAUCACCGGUCUCGCUAUGGUCUCAGUCUUGAUCGGAUGCCUUGCAGUCAAGUGUUGCAAACGGCGGCGCAAUCGGAAGCUCAUCCAGAAGAAGGCCGCCGCCGACAUUGAAUGGAUUGAGCAAGUACAGAGUGGAUCCAUAUCCACGCUUGCGGACGAGGAGGACGACAUUAUCGAACAGCGCACAGCAAAUUUAAUGGCUGUUGCUGCUUUCGCCGGCCGUGAGCAGAAGCUGUACGCACAUCAAAAGAAGAUGAAAAUGAGCAAAAGCAGAAAAAGCUCGUCUAUCAUGAUGCCCAUCACCAUGGCUGAAUUGAAGAGGUGGGCGGUGCGCUCUGUGACAGGUUGCGAUGGGAACCACCUCAAGCAACAGCCAGCACCGAACCCCGUGACCCCAACGAUGGUCGCGUCUGCUUCCUUUCUACCAGUCCCAUCGCAAUCAACUGAUCACCGUGAUACUAGUACAGAUUAUCAAGACCCCGCAAAGCUGGUUGAGGAGCUUCGGUCAGACCGAAAGCGGGCAUCGGGAGGCAAGCAGCGGAAAGUUCUGGGCUGA